AGACCGGUGGCGUCAUCGUGUAGUAUGGCUGCGCACAACACCACGAGUCUCCUGCUGCAUUUAUUCACUGCUUAUUCUCAAGUUGGCCUGCGCGUGGCUCUCUCCCGCGCACCGCGUCCACGGCUGGUCCUCACAACGACAUGCGUCUUUGUCCGCUUCGUGUCACUCUGGCACUUGGCACUGGCGGGUUCGCUGCGCAAGACGUGCCACAGACAAGUCGAGCUUCUCCUGCUCGCCGCCGGACCGAUGGUGGUGUGAAAGAAAGGGCACUGUGCGGCGCACUCGCCCCGCGCCACAUCUGUAGCGCACUGUCCAGCUCCGAGCUUCGCGCCGCGGACGGAUGCUCGCAGAUGUUGCCGGACUGCAUUUUCUACCGGCAACUUUGUUGUGCAGCCCAGGGACACGCGCCUUGGCGAACUCACACCACGUCCUGAUGAUAAUCUCCGUGUACACUGGCCUUUUGCCUACUUUCCAAGAUACCCAAGAGUUCCCGUCGUGUCAGCUGUGCGUCAUCCGUGCCUGAUUAGACUUGAAGUCUGACGUCGCCGAGCACCAUUCAAGAAAAAAACCAACCCAGCUCAUACAACGUGCUAUAAAUUGUUCUGUUUUUUUUCUCCCAAAACCUAUCCGGAGUGACGGAGACGAAAAGACGUGGAUCAACAAGUUGCUCCAGUAAUUUCCAUCUAAGCUGGCUUCAAGCAUAAUCCGCCACACACGUGAUCGACAAAUCACUUCAGCUGCAAAUAUUUGGUGAUUUGUCAAGAGAACUAAGCCCUGGACAGGACAGUCCGCGGAGACGCAUCCUGUCCGACUACGGCGGGAACCGGGAGCUGACCGGCUCCAGCUCCAUGCCUCGCUGCGUCUCCAGAUGCUCCACUGGCCACCACAUGACUGUUGUAUGUGUUGUAUAUCCUGCUGGUUGAAGGUGUCUCACGGUAUCAGCAGAUAUCGAUUCGGCGGUGGGUAGAUCCAUCACUCGGAACAGCGAGCAGCAAAUGUCGAAGAAACGGAAAAGUCCCGACGGCCAGGGCUUCGAGGAAUCUCCUCCUGCAGGAUGCAGCGACCAAGGCUUGACAGAUGAGAAAGUGAAGGCCUACCUCUCGCUGCACCCGCAGAUGCUGGACGACUUUGUGUUGGAGAGUGUGAGUGCAGAGACGUUGGACAGAUGGCUGAAGAGGAAGACCAGCAGCAGGCCUGCAGAAGAUACAUCAGCUAAAGAAGUCAGCAGGCAGUACCAGGACACAAAUAUGCAGGGUGUGGUGUACGAACUCUGCAGCUACAUGGAGCAGCGCCUGGACACUGGAGGAGACAACAAACUCCUGCUCUAUGAGUUGUGCAACAUCAUCAAAACAGCAACAAGAGCUGAUGGAUUUGCACUUUACUUCUUGGGAGAAUGCAACAAUAGUUUAUGUUUGUUCACUCCAACGGGGGCCAAGGACGGGCCUCCAAGCCUCAUCCCCUCCGGCCCCAUCGCAUUUGGGACAACCAUUGCCGCUCAUGUUGCCAAGACUCACAAAACACUGCUAGUAGAGGAUAUCAUGGGGGACGAGCGCUUCCCCGACGGCACAGGGCAGGACUCAGGGAUCCAUGUUCACUCUGUCCUGUGCCUCCCCAUCCUCACUGCCAUCGGGGACCUCAUUGCCAUCCUGGAGCUGCACCGGCACUGGGGCAAGGAGCCCUUCAACCUCAGCCACCUGGAGGUUGCGACAGCUACCUUAGCGUGGGCGUCAGUUGCCAUUCAUCAAGUACAGGUGUGCAGAGGCCUCGCCAAACAGACUGAGCUCAAUGAUUUCCUACUAGAUGUGUCAAAAACAUACUUUGAUAAUAUUGUGGCAAUAGAUUCUCUACUUGAACAUAUUAUGAUAUAUGCAAAAAACCUGGUGAAUGCGGACAGGUGCGCACUCUUCCAGGUAGAUCACAACAACAAAGAACUGUACUCUGACCUGUUCGAUAUUGGGGAAGAGAAAGAAGGCAAACCUGUCUUUAGGAAAACCAAAGAAAUUAGGUUUUCUAUAGACAAGGGAAUAGCUGGCCAAGUGGCUCGGACAGGGGAAGUCUUAAAUAUCCCAGAUGCCUAUGCAGAUCCACGGUUCAACCGAGAGGUGGACCUCAAAACCGGCUACACCACGCGGAACCUCCUGUGCAUGCCCAUCGUGAGCAGGGGGGCGGUUAUAGGUGUGGUGCAGAUGGUGAACAAGCUAAGCGGAAGUGCCUUCACUAAAACAGACGAGAACAACUUUAAGAUGUUUGCUGUCUUUUGUGCUCUGGCCUUACACUGUGCAAAUAUGUACCACCGGAUUCGGCACUCUGAAUGCAUUUACAGAGUGACAAUGGAAAAACUGUCUUAUCACAGCAUCUGCACAUCCGAGGAAUGGAAGACCCUUACCCAGCUCAACCUCCCUACACCCAUUUAUAAAGAGAUCGAAAUGUUCCACUUUGACAUUAGUCCGUUUGAGGAGAUAUGGCCUGCUGUCUUCAUCUACAUGGUUCACAACUCCUGUGGAAAGACCAGCUUUGAGCUGGAGAAGCUGUGCCGGUUCACCAUGUCCGUACGGAAGAACUAUCGACGUGUGCCCUACCACAACUGGAAGCACGCAGUGACGGUGGCACACUGUAUGUAUGCCAUCCUACAGAAAACCACUGGGAUCUUCACAGAGCUAGAGAAGAAGGGUCUGUUGAUAGCCUGCCUGUGCCAUGAUCUGGACCAUCGGGGGUACAGCAACUCAUACCUGCAGAAGUUUGACCACCCGCUGGCUGCUCUGUACUCCAGCUCCACCAUGGAGCAGCACCACUUCUCUCAGACCGUCUCCAUCCUACAGCUGGAAGGGCACAAUAUUUUCUCCAACCUGAAUUCCACUGAGUACGAGCAGGUGCUGGAGAUCAUCCGGAAGGCCAUCAUCGCCACAGACCUCGCCCUGUACUUCAACAACCACCAGCAGCUGUCAGAGAUGCUGACCUUGGGGGGACUGGACUUAAACAACCACACUCACAGGGACCGUGUGAUUGGUCUGAUGAUGACAGCAUGUGACCUGUGUUCUGUUACCAAGCAAUGGCAAAUCACACGACUCACAGCCAACGACAUCUAUGCCGAGUUCUGGUCUGAGGGAGAUGAGAUGAAAAAGAUUGGGCUACAGCCGAUCCCCAUGAUGGACAGAGACAAGAAGGACGAGGUUCCUCAAGGCCAAGUGGGAUUCUACAAUGCUGUUGCAAUUCCAUGUUACACAACACUAGCAGAGCUUUUCCCUCCAUCCGAUCCUCUUCUAAAAGCCUGCAAGGAGAACCUGGGCCAGUGGGAGAAGAUUGCGCGGGGAGAGGUGGAGGACGUAGUGCCCUGCCGACCUUCUGAUUCAGGCCCUGUCAAGGUGGACAACUGACUACCAAAGGGGUCACUGGCCCACCAAAGGAAAACAACCUGAAUCCUGCCACGGACCUGGAACUCUGUAGGGGGAAGAACCCGCAUCUUGUGUUAUAGCAGCAGACGGUUUCGCUGAAGGUGACUUGACUUUGAAAAAGAAAAAGAAAACAAACAACACACAGUUACCUCAUUGGGUGACGGAGGUGUCAACACUGGCGGUUUCACCAAUCCCAGAGACUGACAGAGCUGAUGGGGAUGAGGGACUUCAACCCAUCACCCUGCGUCCACUCAGCUUGGGAAUUCAUUUGGUAGAAUGGACCUGUGAUGGUUUGGUUUCUUUUUGGUUGUUAUACUUCUUUGGUUGUUUUUUUUUGGGGGGGGGGAGUUAUCUCGCUGAUUCUUUUAUGGUCUUGUAUUUGCAGAGGCCUUACUCUGAACCUUUCACAGGCUAGGAUAUGUGAAAUCUUGUUGUCGGUUCAGGCUCUUUUUUUCUUUUUUUUAAAAUGGUACUGUUUGCCUUCUGUGGUAGGUUUAUCGUACGCGCACUACUUCAGCAAGGUGUUCCCAGAGACAGAAGGAAUGUGUAGAGCAGAUGUAUGGUGUAAUGCCACCUCAUUGAGAAGGUGGACGUCAGAAUGUUUUUGUUUUUUUUUUAUCACUUUUUGAGCAAAAAUCCUUUGCAGUACUUGAAUAAAGUGAUACAGCCUAUUCUACGUGGAGGUUGCAGAAAUCCCCCACGGCAUAUUCUACAAAAUGUGGAUGAAAUGUGAUUAGAGGAGUUAGAUAAUAUCGACACUUGUCAACCCAGUCACAAGAGAGUCACAAUGUUUCUCCCUGAGGUGGACCCCACAGCACUGCUCCCAGCUCCCCCUGACAUUUAGGAACCUGCUUCACCAACUUUCCUCUGAUCAACAGGACCUGUCUCCAGGCCAGCAGUCAAAAUAUUUGUAGGGGAGAGUUCACAAGAUAAAAAGAUGCACAAAUAGCAUCGCUUUUGAUCAUUUCUAGUACGACAAGACUGCGCACUACUGAAUUUUCACUUUCAUAACAGUUUUUCACACCACUAUCUUGUCAUGGAUUAUUUUACAUGACAAUCUGGUUCCUCUUUUUAAUCAGCAAUCACUUAUACAACCGCAAAUAAAAUAGGAUACGGCGCAAAGGUGGUUAGGACUCCCAGUAGAUUAUAAAUAACAACUUUACCAGUUGAAAACUUGUAUAUGUUAUGUCCAGACAGCACCCUAAUCUACAAAAUAUGGUUUAAGUGUGAUUUUUUCUUUUAAAGAUUUAAAUUGAUUUAAGAGUGAAGGGUGGAAUAAGUAGUAGCCUACACAGCCUCAGAUCUUUUCUCUUUCUCACACAACCAGGUGUCCUUGCUGGUUGAAAGCCGUAGUAAUGACACUGAACACUGUCAUUUUGCUGUUGAUUCAGGCCACAGCAGCUCAACGCUCAAGUCUCAGCUACUCUCAGCUUCAUAUUUUCCCAUAUUGUCAAACCCGUUCAGCUAAAGUGCACCGCAUGUCUACGUCUGGACUGCAGAAAGUCGGUUGGAGUUUUACAGGCAUGUAUCAGAACUUCCCCUCGUGUCCACGACCUGCCGAGGGAAAUAAAUCUCCCCUUAACGCUUAGUGGCCAAAAUCAUCCAAGGGGGGAACGUCAAGAUUCUUUCAAAUCUUCCCUAGGUCUUCCAAAGGACAAAUUCGUUUGUCCGAAACUGUCAUUCCAGUGGACACCAUCCCUCCAAUAAUGAAAGCACCGCUCAGAUAAUUAGUUUGACAACUGGUACUGUGCCCCCCACGACCCCCCUGCCCUAAAUGGUGUGAAUGUACAUGUUGAUGAAUGUUCUGUCGAUUGCAGUUCCUUGGUGGUGGCAUGUGGGUUAGAGUGCGCCAUCAGUUUCCACGAUGUGCUCUGUCUUACUUAACAGAGUUGCUUCCAGUCAGCUUCAACCAAGAGCAACAAUUAGCAUGCACCUAAACUGAAGUUUAUACAUAGUUUUGCAUAUAUGGUAAUAGGUGUAUACUGUGUACAAUCUAGGAAAUAGUUUGUACAGACUGAGUUGUUCGCUCCGAUGGUGCUAAACUGAAUGGCAGUUGUGUGUGCGUGCGUGCAUGCGUGCGUGAGAGAGAGAGAGAGAGAGAGAGAGAGAGAGAGAAUACUUUUGACUGUCUCUUUCCCCACUCCAACCCCACCGAGGACAUUGUUAAGUCCAUAACACUGCACUGUCCCUUCUACUUUUCAGCACCAGUUAUAUCCCAUUGUCUGCACUAAGUUUAGCUUAAGAUCUUUAUCAUUAUUAUUAUUGAUGAUUAUUAUUAUUAUUGCUCUUAUUACUAUUGUUAUUUUCUUAAUUAGAGUUCAAUUUAAAUUAACUUAUAUUUUUUAUACAAAGAAAAAUAAUGUUGGCCUUUUUGUUUUGUACAAAGUAAACAUCGAGAUAAACAAAACGGUCUAGACAUGUUACUGUUACCCGGAAUAAUUGAGGAAUGUCUCAACUGUAAAUGUAAGAGCAGUAGCCCAAAUGACUUUUAUUAAAUACCUUAAAAAUA